UUAAAAUGAAAUAUCUCGCAUAACAUGAGGAAAAAAGCAAUUAAAGUUCUUCGAAAUUAGUUUCACGGGUUUAUUUAGCGUUGACACAGCAGAGGAACCGAAAGCGAAUAAGCUCGAAUACUCACGUUUUCAGACAACGCGAAACCAGCUCCACUCGCGUCGGGCCCCAACGCAGAACGUCAACAUGUUUCCCGCCAGUCAUGCGCAGUGAACCUUUUGGCUUUUCCCUGAUCUCAUGGCGUUCCCGUCGCCGUCCCCGUUGUCGUUGCUUAAAGUCCCUAGUGUAACAAGAGGACGGACUUCACAAGAACACAAUUUGCAAGUUCUUGAAGACAACACGUCUUCCCUUCCCCAAGACCAUGUGGCCAACGGUAACGCCAGCGAUAGCAACUUCACGGAAGGACAGUUGACCACAAUACGGCGACUAAUUCAGGAUUCCAUUACCGCUGCCUCGAGGGAAAUCGCUAACGAAGCGGCUCUCGCCGCAGUGCAGGUUUUACAGCCAGAUUCGUCGCCUUCAGCCUCCACUACUCCGCCAGCCAUUGUAUCUGUGACACAGCAACAAACACUAAGCCCAUCAGAUGUAUGUCAAUAUGCAGCGCCAUUCCAGGAUAUUCCUGCUCAGUAUAUAAAGGACAUACAAUCCAGUGAGUUUUUUGAAUUGUCCAGACUCCUACCUAAACGAUUGUCAGCUGUAGAUGAGAAAGACAAUUUGGUUCUUACCCUGGAUAACUCGAUUGUCCGAGUUUCAAAGAAAGCCCAGACUACCAUCUCGAUUACGGAAAUUGAAGAGUGGACCACAGCUUUCACUACAUAUAUGAGCGUCUUCACUCACAAGUUCCCUCAGCGUCCCCAGGAACUCUUACAAUAUUUAAGUUUGAUUAGGUAUGCUGCACGUGUACAUAAGGGCUUAGGAUGGGCAAUUUAUGAUUAUAAAUUCCGUCAAAAAGCUGGCCAAAACAAGACCCGUGUGUGGUCGGAAGAUGAUCAGCAACUUUGGCUUACAAUCUUUACAGUGGCACCUUCGGUGCUAAAAGAGGAGUACUCUCCUUUUUCUAAAGGACCCCAAACCACCAGUGUCUCGUCUGGGGGCGUACGCCGAGGCACUUGCUAUGCCUUCAAUCGUGGAGGGCGGUGUAACAGGGACAUCUGUAUUUUCAAACACGUAUGUAGCCGGUGCUCAGGGGCACACCCGGGAUAUGACUGCCCCAAUGCCACAAAGAAAACAAGGGAGGUCAGGGAUGGAGACCAAGAUAGAACAGGGGAUGGAGACAAGGGAAAACCCAAGUCGAACUCUUACCAAAGGAAGUAAGGUAUUUUCUGAGCCUCUUCCUACCCCUAUCAAUGUAAAUAGCUUAGAGAGGGUGCUUAGCGACCACCCAGACCAUUUAUUUGUCUCCCGUCUAUAUUAUAAUUUGAAGUAUGGUGCUAGUGUUGGAUAUAUUGGACCCCGGCCUCCCAGGUUUUCCCGGAACUUACCCACUGCCUUAGAGCAGCCUAGUGUCGUCACAGCUAUCUUAAUGAAAGAAGUGCCCUUGGGUUACGUGGCUGGUCCCUUUCCUACCC